AUCCUGUCCCCACAGAGCCCCAGGGCAGCGCGGGGCCGAGCUGGGCAGACACAGAGGCAGCCAAGGGCAGUCGGAGGAUGGACACUGCCCAGCGCACAAUCUUCCUCCCGCCCAUCACCGUCCUCCCCACCAUGAGCCCCCUGAACCCGGCGCACAACGGGCGGGUCUGCAGCACGUGGGGCGACUUCCACUACAAGACCUUCGACGGCGACGUGUUCCGCUUCCCCGGCCGCUGCAACUACGUCUUCUCCGCGCACUGCGGGGCCGCCUACGAGGACUUCAACGUCCAGCUGCGCCGCGGCCUCUUCCGCAGCACCUGCUCGGGGGGACUGUGGCAGUGCCAGGACCUCCCGUGCCCGGGCACCUGCUCCGUCCAGGGCGGCUCCCACAUCUCCACCUACGACGAGAAACUCUACGACAUGCACGGCGACUGCAGCUACGUCCUGUCCAAGAAAUGUGCAGACAGCGGCUUCACAGUGCUGGCCGAGCUGCGGAAGUGCGGCCUGACAGACAACGAGAACUGCCUCAAGACGGUGACCCUGAGCAUGGACGGCGGGGACACGGUCAUCCAGAUCCAGGCCAGUGGCGGGGUGUUCAUGAACUCCAUCUACACCCAGCUGCCCGUGUCAGCAGCCAACAUCACCAUAUUCAGGCCCUCGACCUUCUUCAUCCUGGUGCAGACGGGCCUCGGGCUGCAGCUGGAGGUGCAGCUGGUGCCCCUCAUGCAGCUGGUCCUCAGGCUGGACCCCGCCUACCGAGGCCAGAUGUGCGGCCUCUGCGGGAACUUCAACCAGAACCAGGCAGACGACUUCCUCAGCCUCAGCGGCGUGGUGGAGGGCACGGCCGCCGCCUUCGCCAACACCUGGAAGACCCAGGCCGCCUGCCCCAACGUCAGGAACAGUGGUCAGCCGCCUGGUGACCCCCAUGUCCCCGCCCCAGAGAACUACGCCCGGCACUGGUGCUCCCUGCUCACCGACCCGGCCGGCGCCUUCUCACCCUGCCACUCCGUCAUCAGCCCCACACCCUUCCACUCGGUGAGACCCUGCCAGGGGGGACCCCACUCUCGAGGAGGGCGGGGGCUGGAGCGGGACCUGCCCUGCAGCUUCCCCCAGCCUCCCUUUCCGGGGUCCCUGUGCCAAGGGCCGAGCUCCCAUGGAUGCUCCGGGGGAGGCUCCGUCCCCACACCCCGCUUCUGGGGCCCCAGGGUCCUGGGCUGUGGCCGCACCCCCAUGUCCCCGCUCCGGCUGCGUCUGGGGUCACGUGGCCGCCUGUCCCUGUCUGUGUGCGAGUUUCGACAUACCUCUGCCCCCUGCAGCACCUGCCGGAACCGCAGGUGGGAGUGCAGCAGCCGGCCCUGCCUGGGCACCUGCGUGGCCUACGGGGACGGCCACUUCAUCACCUUCGACGGCGAGCGGUACAAUUUCGAGGGCAGCUGCGAGUACACGCUGGCCCAGGACUACUGCGGAGGCAACGGCACCAACGGGACCUUCCGCAUCGUCACCGAGAACAUCCCCUGCGGGACCACGGGGGUCACCUGCUCCAAGGCCAUCAAGCUCUUCCUGGAGAACUAUGAGCUGAUCCUCCACGAGGGUACCUACAAGGUGGUGCAGAGGGGGCCGGGCGCAGACCUGCCCUACAGGAUCCGGUACAUGGGCACCCACCUGGCCAUCGAGACCCGCAGCGGCCUGGUCGUGUCCUGGGACCGGAGGACCAGCGUGUUCAUCCGGCUGCACCAGGAUUACAAGGGGCGGGUCUGCGGGCUGUGCGGGAACUUCGACGACAACGCCAUCAACGACUUCACCACGCGCAGCCAGUCCGUGGUGGGCGACGCUCUGGAGUUCGGCAACAGCUGGAAAUUCUCCCCCACCUGCCCUGACGCCCCGGCCCCCCGGGACCCCUGCACCGCCAACCCCUACCGCAAGUCCUGGGCCCAGCGGCAGUGCAGCCUCAUCAACAGCGCCACCUUCGAGGCCUGCCGUGCUCAGGUCGACUCCACCAAGUACUACGAGGCCUGCGUGAACGACGCGUGCGCCUGCGACUCCGGGGGCGACUGCGAGUGUUUCUGCACCGGCACAGCGGCCGGCAUCGCCCUUAGCCUUGGUCCUUCACGUGCAGCCCUGUUCUGCGACUACUACAACCCCCACGGGGAGUGCGAGUGGCACUACCAGCCCUGCGGGGCGCCCUGCCUGCGGACCUGCCGCAACCCCAGUGGACGCUGCCUGAUGGACCUCUGCAUGGACCACCUGGCCCGAGAGGGCUGCUACCCAAAGUGUCCGCCCAGCAAGCCGUUCUUCAGUGAGGACCAGAUGAGGUGUGUGGCCCAGUGUGGCUGCUACGAUGGCGACGAGAACUACUACGAUGUUGGUACCAAGGUCCCCACAGCAGAGAACUGCCAGAGCUGUAACUGCACCGCUGGCGGCGUCCAAUGCACAUACAGCCUCGCGGCCUGCACGUGCACGUACGAGGGCAGGACCUACGGCUACGAGGAAGUCAUCUACAACACGACCGACGGGCUCGGCGCCUGCCUGAUGGCCGUCUGCGGGAGCAACGGGACGAUCACGCGGACGGCCGUGGAAUGUCGCGUCACGCCGUCCACCACGCCUUUCACCUUCACCUCGACGGCAACGCCACCCUCCACGACAGGUCCGGUCCCCACGCUCUCCACCGUGUGCGUGCGAGAGCUGUGCCACUGGUCUGCCUGGUACGACAGCGGCCGCCCAGAGCCGGGCAUGGGAGGUGGGGACUUCGAGACGUUUGCCAACCUGAGGCAGAGGGGUCACCAGGUCUGCCCAGCGCCAGCCGGAGUCGAGUGCCGCGCGCAGCUGCUUCCAGACACGCCCCUGGAGCAGCUGGGCCAGAAGGUGGAGUGCAGCCCCCGGCUCGGGCUCAGGUGCCUCAACAGCGAGCAGGACCCUCCGCUCUGCCACAACUACGAGCUGCGGGUGCUCUGCUGCGACUACGUGCCCUGCGGCACCAGCCAGAAGCCGACCCUCCUGCCCCUGUCCACCUCCCCCGUCCAGGCAACCACAGCCUUGACCUCACCGACGACACAGACCCGGGUGGCCAGCAGCUCCGAGGUCCCGGGCACCAGCUGCCAGCCCCGCUGUCAGUGGACAGAGUGGUUCGAUGAGGAUUACCCCAAGGCCGAGGAGGCUGGGGGCGACAUCGAGUCAUACGACAGGAUCAGGAGCGCGGGGGGCGACGUGUGCGAGCGGCCGCAGGACAUAGAGUGCCGGGCAGUGAACUUCCCGGACAGGAGGCCCGAGGAGCUGGGGCAGCUCGUGCACUGCGACCCCAGCUUCGGCCUGGUCUGCAGGAAUGACGAGCAGAUGGGCCUGUUCAAGAUGUGCUACAACUACCGGAUCCGCCUGCUGUGCUGCAGCCACAGCCACUGCGGGGAGCCCACCCCUGCCACCGCCAGUGCCGCCACAGCCACCUCCACCUCCACUGCCACCCCUGCCACCGCCAGCACCACCACAAUCAUAGCCACUACCUCCUACACUGCCACCCCUGCCACCGCCAGUGCCGCCACAGCCACCUCCACCUCCACUGCCAGCCCUGCCACCGCCAGCACCACCACAAUCAUAGCCACUCCCUCCUACACUGCCACCCCUGCCACCGCCAGUGCCGCCACAGCCACCUCCACCUCCACUGCCAGCCCUGCCACCGCCAGCACCACCACAAUCAUAGCCACUCCCUCCUACACUGCCACCCCUGCCACCGCCAGUGCCGCCACAGCCACCACCACCUCCACUGCCACCCCUGCCACCACCAGCGCCACCACAGUCAUAUCCACUACCUCCUUCACUACCACCACCACCAUAGCCACCACCACCACCUCCACUGCCACCCCUGCCCCCACCACCACAGCCACGACCACCUCCACUGCCACCCCUGCCACCGCCCCCACCACCACAGCCACAGCCACCACCACCUCCACUGCCACGGCCACCACUGAAGCCACCAGCAGCCAGGGCACGACUGGCUGCGAGCCCAAGUGCGAGUGGACAGAAUGGUUUGACGUGGACUUCCCCACCUCGGGGGUCACGGGCGGAGACAUGGAGACCUACGACAACAUCAGGGCUGCUGGUGGCAAGAUGUGCCGGGAGCCGCAGAAGAUUGAGUGCCGGGCAGAGAGCUACCCGGAGGUGAGCCUGGACCAGAUCGGGCAGGUGGUGAGCUGCAGCCUGCAGGCCGGGCUGGUCUGCAGGAACCGGGACCAGAGGGGGCCGUUCACCAUGUGCUUCAACUACAACAUCCGUGUGCUCUGCUGUGAAGGCGCCGGCCGCUGCCCCACCUCCACCACGACAGCCGGGCCUGCCUCGUCCAGCGCCCCCCACACAGCCACCCUGGCCACCUCCCCCAUAAAGACCACACCUGAGUCCUCGGCCACCAGCCCCACCUUAGGGACCUCCCUGCCCUCCAGCUCCUGGAAGCCCAGCUCCGUCUCGCCUACCCCAACGUUCCCGACCUCUGGGCCCUGCACGCCACAGUGCACCUGGACAGACUGGUUCGACGUGGACUAUCCCUCUCUGGGCCCCAAUGGCGGCGACUUUGAGACCUACGCCAACAUCCGGGAGGCCGGCGGGCGCGUCUGCGAGCGGCCCCUGGACUCCCAGGCCAGAGAGUCCACCACCAGGCCCUGGGAGACCCUGCCCAGACGCACCAGCACUGUGAUCAGCACCACCAGGGCCACCUCCAGCCCAGGGGCCAGCACCAGACCCUCCCCAUCGCCCCCCAUUCCCGUGACCACCAGCUCCCUGCCGGGCACCACGCCGGGCCCUUCUACAGCCGUCCCCAUGGCUACAGGCUCCACGAUGAAGGCUCCGACCUCUCCCAUCACGACCUUCAGCACCACGACCUCAGUGGCCACGCCCACUGCCUGUCAGCCUCGCUGUGCCUGGACCGACUGGCUGGACCAGAGCUACCCCAUGCCCGGGGCCUCCGGAGGGGACUUUGAGACCUACGCCAACAUGCAGGCAUCUGGCCAGCCCGUCUGCGAGCGGCCCGAGGGCCUGGAGUGCCGGGCCUCGUCGCUGCCUGACGUGCCCCUGGAGCAGCUGGGCCAGGUGGUGCGCUGCAGGCUGGAGGAGGGCCUGGUGUGCCGAAACGGCGACCAGGACAGCUGGUUCAAGGUGUGCCUCAACUACCAAGUCCGUGUGCUCUGCUGUGACGACUACCGCCACUGCCCCAGCACCCCGGCCACCACCACAGUGACUCUCCCGGGGUCCAGCCCAGGGCCGCUCUCCCCAACAGCCUCCAGUCCUACCACCCCCCACACAGCCCGAACCACAGCAACGACCAGCUGCCAGCCAACAUGCCGCUGGACCGACUGGCUGGACACGGACCAGCCCCUGCCUGUGCCCCUCGAGGCGCUGGGCCAGGUGGUCCAGUGCGCCCGUGAGUAUGGCUUCAUCUGCAGGAACAGUCGGCAGCGGGCGGGCGAGUCCUGCCUCAACUACCACAUCCGUGUGCGCUGCUGCGAUGACUACAGCCACUGCCCAUCCACGCCCGGCAACACGGCGGCCCCCUCCCCGUCUUCAGGGGGCACCCUCACCCCAGUGACGCCCACCACUAUGGCCACCACCCUUGUGGGCCCCUCCACGGCCUCCAGCGGCACCUCCCAGGCCAGAGAGUCCACCACCAGGCCCUGGGAGACCCUGCCCAGACGCACCAGCACUGUGGUCAGCACCACCAGGGCCACCUCCAGCCCAGGGGCCAGCACCAGACCUUCCCCAUCGCCCCCCAUUCCCGUGACCACCAGCUCCCUGCCGGGCACCACCCCGGGCCCUUCUACAGCCGUCCCCACGGCUACAGGCUCCACGAUGAAGGCUCUGACCUCUCCCAUCACGACCUCCAGCACCACGACCUCAGUGGCCACGCCCACUGCCUGUCAGCCUCGCUGUGCCUGGACCGACUGGCUGGACCAGAGCUACCCCAUGCCCGGGGCCUCCGGAGGGGACUUUGAGACCUACGCCAACAUGCAGGCAUCUGGCCAGCCCGUCUGCGAGCGGCCCGAGGGCCUGGAGUGCCGGGCCUCGUCGCUGCCUGACGUGCCCCUGGAGCAGCUGGGCCAGGUGGUGCUGUGCAGGCUGGAGGAGGGCCUGGUGUGCCGCAACCGUGACCAGGCCGGCCGCUUCAAGAUGUGCUUCAACUACCAAAUCCGUGUGCUCUGCUGUGACGACUACCGCCACUGCCCCAGCACGGCCAUGGCCACCAGCACGGCCCUGCCCACCAGCACAGCCAUGCCCACCAGCACAGCCAUGACCACCAGCACGUCCAUGCCCACCAGCACGGCCCUACCCACCAGCACGGCCACGCCCACCAGCACGAGCCAGCGGACUUCCGGGCCCACCGAGGUCAGCACCACGGCCACCACCCAGUCACCCCCCUCGUCCCCCAGGAUCACAGAGAGUGUCCCCGCCACCCAGACGGCUGGCACCUCCCUCAGGACCACCCAGUGGCGCUCUGUCCCAAGUCCCUCUGCCUCCACAGGGACCCUGACCACAACUGCCAAGCCAGCCUCGCCCAGUGCUCCCCACGUGGCCACCUCCCCCAUUCAGACCACCCCUGGGACCCCGUCCUCCAGUCCCACCUUUGGGACCUCCCUGCCCACCAGCUCCCUGAGGCCGACCCCGAUCUCCACCACCUCCAUGACCUCCACAACCCCUGGGGCCUGCACGCCACGGUGCACGUGGACAGACUGGUUCGAUGAGGACUACCCCACCCCGGUUGCCGACGGCGGGGACUUUGAGACCCUCUCUGUCCUCCGCGCUGCCGGCCACAGCUUCUGCGAGCAGCCUCAGGACAUCGAGUGCCGAGCAGAGAAGGCGCCGGACGCGAGCCUGGAGGACGUGGGCCAGGUGGUUCAGUGCGACGUGCGCUUUGGGCUGGUGUGCCGCAACCGCGACCAGGGCGGCCGCUUCAGGAUGUGCCUCAACUACCACGUGCGUCUGCUCUGCUGCGACGACUACAGCCACUGCCCCUCCACGCCCGGCACCACGGCAGCCCCCUCCCCGUCUUCAGGGGGCACCCUCACCCCAGUGACGCCCACCACCAGGGCCACCACCCUUGUGAGGCCCUCCACGGCCUCCAGCGGCACCUCCCAGGCCAGAGAGUCCACCACCAGGCCCUGGGAGACCCUGCCCAGACGCACCAGCACUGUGAUCAGCACCACCAGGGCCACCUCCAGCCCAGGGGCCAGCACCAGACCCUCCCCAUCGCCCCCCAUUCCCGUGACCACCAGCUCCCUGCCGGGCACCACGCCGGGCCCUUCUACAGCCGUCCCCAUGGCUACAGGCUCCACGAUGAAGGCUCCGACCUCUCCCAUCACGACCUUCAGCACCACGACCUCAGUGGCCACGCCCACUGCCUGUCAGCCUCGCUGUGCCUGGACCGACUGGCUGGACCAGAGCUACCCCAUGCCCGGGGCCUCCGGAGGGGACUUUGAGACCUACGCCAACAUGCAGGCAUCUGGCCAGCCCGUCUGCGAGCGGCCCGAGGGCCUGGAGUGCCGGGCCUCGUCGCUGCCUGACGUGCCCCUGGAGCAGCUGGGCCAGGUGGUGCUGUGCAGGCUGGAGGAGGGCCUGGUGUGCCGCAACCGCGACCAGGCCGGCCGCUUCAAGAUGUGCUUCAACUACCAAAUCCGCGUGCUCUGCUGUGACGACUACCGCCACUGCCCCAGCACGGCCAUGCCCACCAGCACGGCCAUGGCCACCAGCACGGCCAUGACCACCAGCACGGCCCUCAGCACGGCCACGACCACCAGCACGGGCCAGCGGACUUCCGGGCCCACUGAGGUCAGGACCACGGCCAUCACCCAGUCACCCCCGUCUUCCCCCAGGAUCACAGAGAGUGUCCCCGCCACCCAGACGGCUGGCACCUCCCUCAGGACCACCCAGUGGCGCUCUGUCCCAAGUCCCUCUGCCUCCACAGGGACCCUGACCACAACUGCCAAGCCAGCCUCGCCCAGUGCCCCCCACGUGGCCACCUCCCCCAUUCAGACCACCCCUGGGACCCCGUCCUCCAGUCCCACCUUUGGGACCUCCCUGCACACCAGCUCCCUGAAGCCAACCAUGAUCUCCACGACCACCAUGACCUCUACAACAUCCAUGACCUCCAUGACCUCUGUGACCUGCAUGCCACGGUGCAUGUGGACUGACUGGUUUGACGCUGACUAUCCCACACCCGGCAACGACGGCGGGGACUUUGAGACCCUCUCUGUCCUCCGCGCUGCCGGCCACAGCUUCUGCGAGCAGCCUCAGGACAUCGAGUGCCGAGCAGAGAAGGCGCUGGACAGGAGCCUGGAGGACGUGGGCCAGGUGGUUCAGUGCGACGUGCGCUUCGGGCUGGUGUGCCGCAACCGCGACCAGGGCGGCCGCUUCAGGAUGUGCCUCAACUACCACGUGCGUCUGCUCUGCUGCGACGACUACAGCCACUGCCCGUCCUCAACCCCGGAGACCACGGCAGCCCCCUCCCCGUCUUCAGGGGGCACCCUCACCCCAGUGACGCCCACCACCAGGGCCACCACCCUUGUGAGGCCCUCCACGGCCUCCAGGCUGGUGUGCCGCAACCGCGACCAGGGCGGCCGCUUCAGGAUGUGCCUCAACUACCACGUGCGUCUGCUCUGCUGCGACGACUACAGCCACUGCCCCUCCACGCCCGGCACCACGGCGGCCCCCUCCCCGUCUUCAGGGGGCACCCUCACCCCAGUGACGCCCACCACCAGGGCCACCACCCUUGUGAGGCCCUCCACGGCCUCCAGCGGCACCUCCCAGGCCAGAGAGUCCACCACCAGGCCCUGGGAGACCCUGCCCAGACGCACCAGCACUGUGAUCAGCACCACCAGGGCCACCUCCAGCCCAGGGGCCAGCACCAGACCCUCCCCAUCGCCCCCCAUUCCCGUGACCACCAGCUCCCUGCCGGGCACCACGCCGGGCCCUUCUACAGCCGUCCCCAUGGCUACAGGCUCCACGAUGAAGGCUCCGACCUCUCCCAUCACGACCUUCAGCACCACGACCUCAGUGGCCACGCCCACUGCCUGUCAGCCUCGCUGUGCCUGGACCGACUGGCUGGACCAGAGCUACCCCAUGCCCGGGGCCUCCGGAGGGGACUUUGAGACCUACGCCAACAUGCAGGCAUCUGGCCAGCCCGUCUGCGAGCGGCCCGAGGGCCUGGAGUGCCGGGCCUCGUCGCUGCCUGACGUGCCCCUGGAGCAGCUGGGCCAGGUGGUGCUGUGCAGGCUGGAGGAGGGCCUGGUGUGCCGCAACCGUGACCAGGCCGGCCGCUUCAAGAUGUGCUUCAACUACCAAAUCCGUGUGCUCUGCUGUGACGACUACCGCCACUGCCCCAGCACGGCCAUGGCCACCAGCACGGCCCUGCCCACCAGCACAGCCAUGCCCACCAGCACAGCCAUGACCACCAGCACGUCCAUGCCCACCAGCACGGCCCUACCCACCAGCACGGCCACGCCCACCAGCACGAGCCAGCGGACUUCCGGGCCCACCGAGGUCAGCACCACGGCCACCACCCAGUCACCCCCCUCGUCCCCCAGGAUCACAGAGAGUGUCCCCGCCACCCAGACGGCUGGCACCUCCCUCAGGACCACCCAGUGGCGCUCUGUCCCAAGUCCCUCUGCCUCCACAGGGACCCUGACCACAACUGCCAAGCCAGCCUCGCCCAGUGCUCCCCACGUGGCCACCUCCCCCAUUCAGACCACCCCUGGGACCCCGUCCUCCAGUCCCACCUUUGGGACCUCCCUGCCCACCAGCUCCCUGAGGCCGACCCCGAUCUCCACCACCUCCAUGACCUCCACAACCCCUGGGGCCUGCACGCCACGGUGCACGUGGACAGACUGGUUCGAUGAGGACUACCCCACCCCGGUUGCCGACGGCGGGGACUUUGAGACCCUCUCUGUCCUCCGCGCUGCCGGCCACAGCUUCUGCGAGCAGCCUCAGGACAUCGAGUGCCGAGCAGAGAAGGCGCCGGACGCGAGCCUGGAGGACGUGGGCCAGGUGGUGCUGUGCGACGUGCGCUUCGGGCUGAUGUGCCGCAACCGAGACCAGGGCGGCCGCUUCAGGAUGUGCCUCAACUACCACGUGCGUCUGCUCUGCUGCGACGACUACAGCCACAUCCUGUUCGACCACGUGCGGGUGAGCCAGGGCUUCAGCAAGAACGGCGUGAGCGUGUCCAUGACGGCGAGCACCACGAUGCGUGUGGACAUCCCGGCCGUCGGGGUCAGCGUCACCUUCGACGGGCAGGUCUUCCAGGUCCAGCUGUCCUACAGCCACUUCAGCCACAACACCGAGGGCCAGUGCGGGACCCUGACCACAACUGCCAAGCCAGCCUCGCCCAGUGCUCCCCACGUGGCCACCUCCCCCAUUCAGACCACCCCUGGGACCCCGUCCUCCAGUCCCACCUUUGGGACCUCCCUGCCCACCAGCUCCCUGAGGCCGACCCCGAUCUCCACCACCUCCAUGACCUCCACAACCCCUGGGGCCUGCACGCCACGGUGCACGUGGACAGACUGGUUCGAUGAGGACUACCCCACCCCGGUUGCCGACGGCGGGGACUUUGAGACCCUCUCUGUCCUCCGCGCUGCCGGCCACAGCUUCUGCGAGCAGCCUCAGGACAUCGAGUGCCGAGCAGAGAAGGCGCUGGACAGGAGCCUGGAGGACGUGGGCCAGGUGGUUCAGUGCGACGUGCGCUUCGGGCUGGUGUGCCGCAACCGCGACCAGGGCGGCCGCUUCAGGAUGUGCCUCAACUACCACGUGCGUCUGCUCUGCUGCGACAGCCACUGCCCGUCCUCAACCCCAGAGACCACCACGUCCCCCUGGCUCCCCAGAACCUCUGGGCCCAGCGCCUCACCCAGCCCUCUCAUCUCUACCACACCCUGCCGGUGCCGGGCGUUUGGACAGCUGUUCUCACCAGGUGACGUUGUCUACAACAGGACGGACAGGGCCGGCUGCCACUUCUACGCCAUCUGCAACCAGCACUGCGAGCUCGACCGCUUCCAGGGCGCCUGCCCCACCUCCUCGCCCGUGGAGCUCGUGACGGCGACCUGGGUGCCCCUGACCUUUCCAGCUCCUGGCUGUGACCUCGUGGACCCUCCCCGCCAGGUGAAUGAGACCUGGACGCUGGAGGACUGCACGGUGGCGCGGUGUGAGGGCGACAACCACAUCGUCCUGCUGGAGCCGCAGUCUGUGGCCCAGGUCUCCUGUGUGAACGGACACCUGCCGGUCAAGGUGCAGAGCCCGCAGGAGCCCUGCCAGUUCCACUACGAGUGCGAAUCCUGCGUGGGACCAGAUGGGUUCCCCAAAUUCCUGGGUGGGAAGGGCGAGGUCCCCCGACAGCACCCGCCUCUCCGCCUCUCCGCAGUCUGCAACACGACCACCUGCCCCCAGAGCACCCCGGCAUGUGGGCCAGGAGAGGAGCUGGCCCCCACCCAGGAGGAGGGCGGCUGCUGCACGACCUUCAGCUGCCGUGAGUGGGGGGCGGGGGGGAGCUCUCUGGGCUCCUGCAGCAGCUGGGGGGACUCCCACUACGUCACCUUCGACGGCACCCCCUACUCCUUCCGGGACAACUGCACGCACGUGCUCAUGCGGGAGAUCCGGCCCCGGCACGGGAACCUCACCAUCCUCCUGGACAACCACCACUGCGGGGCCGCGGGUGCAACCUUCCCAGGGGCCACUCCCUGCCACACGUGCACCUGCCUGUCCGAGGACACCCAGGCCCCCACCGUGCAGUGUGCGGAGGACAUCUGCAACGCCACCUGUCCCCUGGGUUUCGAGUAUGUGACGGUGGCCGGGCAGUGCUGCGGGGAGUGCGUGCAGAAGGCCUGCCUCACGCCCGACGGCGGGCUGAUCCAGCCCAAUGAGACCUGGAUCAACAGCCUGGUGGACAACUGCACCGAGUACCACUGCCAGGCCGAGCACGGGGUUCCCAUGCUGAUCCUCAGGCCGUCGCCCUGCCCAGACGUGUCCAGCUGCAGGGGCAUCCUCAGGAAAACCGGCUGCUGCUACUCCUGCGAGGAAGUGGACUCCUGCCAGGUCCGCCUCAACAGGACGGUGCUGGAGCACCAGGGCUGCCAGGCCCCCGUCAACCUCACCUUCUGCGAGGGCUCCUGCCCAGGAGUGUCCAAGUGAGUGGCCCCACACCCCCAGCCGCCUCCGCCCACCGAGGGGAAUUCCUACCUGCAAGCAAAGAGCCCGCCCCAGCACACAUCACCUCCCAGGGCCCCCUGUGGCCCUGGCCUGGGCUUGCCGCCCUGAGCUGGGUCAGGAGGGCCCAGGAGGAAAGGGGGCCCAGAGGAGCCCCUCUCCACAUCCGUCGGCACAAGCCUGGGGCCUCCGACCCGCAGAGCCAGGCCUGGGCACGCUGGGCAGAGACGGGCGCUGCGUCCAGACGCCUGGCACCAUGUCCACCUGGGGG